AGCAAGAUGGCGGCGAUUUGUUGUAUCAAAAGUAAAUAACAGAGCUUUUACCCUGUUAAUUUGUCCAAAAUGUUCCAACGUCAGAAAAACUGGAUCUCUGACGUAUUGUGGAAGCCUAAGAAAUCUCAUUCACUGGAGCAACUAAGGUACCUUCACUAUGUUCUGAAUAAAAACUCGGUCAUCAACGAGACGAAUCGAGGACUUUUGGUGGAGUCUUUGCGUUCGAUUGCAGAGAUAUUGAUAUGGGGUGAUCAGAAUGACAGCAGAGUAUUCGAUUUUUUCCUUGAGAAGAACAUGUUAAUCUACUUCCACAAGAUGAUGAAUCAAARAUCCAGCAAUCAAAUCUGUGUCCAGUUAUUACAGACUCUUAGUAUCAUGUUUGAAAAUAUCCGUAACCAGACUUCGUUGUAUUAUUUGUUAUCAAAUAACCACGUCAAUUCGAUUAUAAUUCACAAGUUUGACUUCUCUGAUGAAGAGGUUUUAGCGUAUUACAUUUCAUUUUUGAAAACUCUGUCUCUUAAGCUGAAUACUCAGACUAUUCACUUCUUUUUCAAUGAGAGAAAGAAUGACUUCCCUUUGUACACUGAAGCUCUUAAGUUCUUUAACCAUUCUGAAAGCAUGGUGAGAAUAGCAGUCAGGACGUUAACACUGAAUGUAUACAGAGUUGGUGAUAAGAACAUGCUGGAGUUUAUUAGAGACAAAACAGCAGACCCUUAUUUCUGGAAUUUAGUUUGGUUUAUUGGGAGCCAUGCAAUAGAACUUGACAACUGYGCUCAGAAAGAAGCUGACCAUCUAAAGUGUGAUCAUCUCAAAGCACUUGUAGCUGAUCAUCUUGACCAUCUUCACUACCUUCAUGAUAUAUUAUCACUAGACAUCCAUGACAUUAGCAGCAUUUUAACAGAACAUCUKCUAGACAGACUACUUAUUCCCUUGUAUGUAUAUUCAACUGUCAAAGACCGACAUGACACUGAACUUGUAAGUAUAAAGAUGAAAUACUUCAACCAGAUUGCUAAACACUUUUUCUCAMUUUUUGUGUUUGUUCAGCCAAGGAUUAGUGCACUGGUAUCGUUGUUCUUGUUGUCYCAGAUUCUCCUCAUUAUGAAUUAUCCUCCCCUUGUAUCAAGUCUUAUUGAUAUCAUAUUGAAUGGUGAUGAAGCUGGGUCUAAAACAAGCUCUGCUGCAAGUAUAAGAACUUUCCAGUGUCCAGAGCAGACCUUAGAAGAGUCUCUAGUGGCGUAUGGUGUGAAUACAGAAGGUUACAUGUUUUUAGGAAAGUCUUCAAUGGUUUCUUUAUCACGUGAUAGACCCAGCUCUGUGCAYGUGGCAAACUCUAAAUUUUAUGUCAAAGAUAAAAGAAAAACGGAAGGAGGAUUUCUGGAAGAAAAGAUUGAUGAUCCACGAUCAACAGUAGCAACUAAGCUGAAUGGUGUUGCAGUAGCAGUGACAGAGACGCCACUAGCAGUGUCAGAGGGAGAAGUCGAUUCUUUGGGCGCCAUAACAACAGGAGGAGGGGACAAAAAACGAUUGGCGAACGAUGAAAAACCUUUAAAAGUGCCAAAUGACCAGUUGUACUUCAGUAAGAACUCACGAAUGAUAGUAAAGAGUUUUGUGCGCAGAGCCAAAGACUUUAAAUCUGACAGUAUAUUCCUUGAUGCCAUUCGGUCAAGCUUGGAUUGUAGUGACAAUGAUGGUGAGGCGCUCUUUGCUUUAUGUCUUCUUUAUGCUGCUAUCAAGAAUAAAGGUGUGGACAAGCGACUUCUUCAUGCUGCUGGCAUUUCAUCCAUUGAGGAAAACGUUCCUAGAGUGAGAACAGUAACUCUAGAAAUGGCAAUUAUUGUACUAAAAGAGCUUGUAUUGUACCGCCAAGACAGCGUAAUGGAGGCGUAUUUGAAAGAUCGACAUCUAGCACUUGUAGAGAAUAUUAGAGAAGCAAGUACUCUUCAACUACGGCAUUUCUACAAGGAAGAUGAAAUAUUUCUUGAUAUGUUUGAGGAUGAAUACAGACAAAUGAAGAUGAAACCGCUGAAUGUUCUCCAUUURAUGAUGGACGCAACUUUAUUAUUGCCUAUUACUGGUACUCCGCUGACCGGUAUUGAGUUUUCUAAGCGACUGCCGUGUGGAGAGGUUGAACACACUAGACGAGCAAUUCGUGUUUUCUUAAUGAUGCGUGAAYUAUCACUAACGCUUCUGCAGAAGACAGAGACCAGGCUCCCUCUGUCAAAAGUAGAAUAUUCUGUUCAGUUGGAAGAUGUACUGGAUUUGAAUAACAGUGAUUUGAUAUCAUGUACUGUGGUGAUGGACGAUAAGCGCAUGCGCAGGUUCUUAGUCAUCGAUGARGCACAGUUCAUUCUAGUUGAGCCUGACACCAGCAAGUUGGGUUGGGGCGUGGUCAAAUUUGUUGCUCGGCUUCAGGACGUCGAGACGUCGCCAGAUAAAGAAGACAGUCGGUCGCUUUUCAUCACGAUUCAUCAACCUUUUGCCGCUAGAAGUCUCACAAAAGUCAGAACUCGACCACUUUUGUCGGCCAAGUUUGUGUUCGAUGAUUAUAUACGAUGCAUGUCUGCAAGGCAGAGAUUGCAGAGACGUCGCACAAUGCUUAAGCAAAACAAGCUGCAUAGUAUUGCACAAUUACUGGAGCUGCCAGCUAUGGCGACACCCCCGUCACAUUACUACACCAUUACUCCCCCUGAUUACAUWAACUUAGGRUCAGGAAAGUCAAAUCAAACAKCGCCAACGCGUUCUCAAGACGCAGACGGUGGUAAUGAUGKAAGGAGAGAAAGAGCAGACGCYAUGUCGACSAUUUCUAAUCCUGGCCAGUGUUUAUCACCAAGCUCUAAAACACGAACUUCGUCGCUAGCGCAGGCRCAUGCCUUGGCGCUUGUUYUAGAGCAGUCGCCUCCACAUGAUAGCAUCUCGGAAACAAGAGUCGGCGAAAAUGCUAUUUCUAGAGUAAGGACCAUAUCUGUGGAGGAAGCAGAGGARGCGCUGGAUAUGGAACCUAAAAACGGACGAAACCUGUCACUUUCGAGGGUCCAGGAACAAGAAUCAAUAAGUGAUGGUUCGAGCUCUGAAACUUGCAGCCGUGCAGAAUCAAUUGAAAACAUUUCUGAAUGUCGAUUUGUUAAGACAAAAUCUUACUCAGCACCACCCACCCCUCGUGGUGGACGACACCCUCCCCCUGUGGACGCCAUUGAUCUUGACGGAAAUGAAUUGGUGUUGCCAACAUCAUCUUGUCUGUCAGAUCCAGCUAUUUAUUCCUGUAUGGAAUGGGAAACACCAAGUGUUCCUAAGAAUGACGACKCUAAAACGAGAAACAAUACAAAAUUAGGACGAAGAAAGGGCAAGAAGAAAGGACAUGGCAGACGACGGAGCACGAAAUAGAUUGGGAUCCCUGUGGUAGAAUUGGGAAUAAAAGACGUAAAUGAAAAUGGAUGAGAAUGGAUACUGUCCUUAAAYCCUUGUAUACAGUAAACCAAUCCAAGAAAUAUUAUUUAAAAUCUUAUAUUUUAUAGGAUACAAAAUAUACAUCUCAGAAUUCCACAUAUUUUUCAAGGAUAUAUAUAUAAUACGCGUCCAACUUGUUCGUUACUCAAAUCUGAUCUUAUAAAGUAUUUGGCAUUUAAAGAAAAAAAUAUUUGGAAUUCGUGUGAUAGUGAAAGGGAAAGAAAAUACACAUAGAUGGAAUAAGAAAGUUAAUAAAUGAUUGUUAAACGGG